AAUAUUUGUCUCAUUUUACAAGUUUAUGCCAACGUCAUGAAAACAUUUUCGUAAUUAUUGUGCGAUAAUAUCAAAGAAUUUCUAUCCAAUAAUUACACCAGUCGAAUAAGUUCACACCCACAUAUUCAGUUCUAGCAACCUCAUUGGUUCAUAGAUUUAAGAUACGAUAGGCGGCAGAGCCGAGAGAUUCUGUGCUCGGUAAAUAAAUAGGUUGAAACCUUCAGUUUAGAUUUCACAUUCGAUGAAUUGUUGAACCAAAGCGCAAUAUCACGUACCAACGACAACUAUCACCAUAAUGGAUUUGGCGCAGCUGUCUCGGAAUAUUUCGCAGCGUUUUUCCAUUUCUUCCCUCAUAACUUUUGGGUUUCUACUCGUUCUCACCAUAACGAUUCUUCGCCAAGAUUCAAGGAUUGGAAAAAUGGAAGAGAAAUCCCAAGCAAACCGUUUCCUCUCCAAGAAAUCUCUCGAUGAUAAACCUGUUAACACACCAAGACCCGGUCUCGGAUCACUGUAUACCCGGUGGGGUAGAACAAGCUGCUCACCUUCUUCAGGUCUUGUGUAUGAUGGUGUGGUUGGUGGAGAACAUUAUUCCCAUACCGGUGGCGGAAGUAAUCUCUUAUGCCUACCUAACGAUCCCAUUUGGGCCAAUUAUACGACACAAGUUGAAAAAAGUGCUUUCAUUUAUGGCAGUGAAUAUGAAAUAAGUUUAUACCCGACCAAUAAUAAACUCUUUUCUUUUGCUAACGCUGAAUCACUUCAUGAUCACAACGUUCCGUGCGCUGUCUGUUUGACACGACAACCUGCUGUUGUUAUGAUGUUACCUGCCAGGACAAAGUGUUACGCUGGUUGGACGGCUGAGUAUUCAGGAUAUUUGAUGACAGCCCACAACGGUCAUAAGGGCAGAGAAGAAUAUGUGUGCGUGGACCAAACACCAGAAGCAGAUCCAGCGGGUUACAGAAACGAAGACGGAGCUCUACUGUAUUUCGUUCAGGCCAUUUGCGGUUCAUUGCCUUGUCCACCGUAUGUCAAUGGCCAAGAAUUAACCUGCGUUGUGUGCAGUAAAUAUUGAAUUGAAUUUACAUUCGAGAUUUUUUAA